GUAGAAAUUGACGUAACGUACGCUUGCGAGCAAGGGCCUGACUCAAAGCUGCUGCAUCGGCGUCAAAGCCGACCUCGCUGGGCUUGCUGACGUCGUAUCGCCCCGUGCUACGUCGCUCGAUAGGAGACGGCCAAGUCGUUAUGGUUGCGUGAUUGUCGACACGCUGUGACGGGCUUCUGACGGAGGCUGACAAACGACUUUGCCCAAGAGUCGACUCCUCGCCAGUGUGGCGGCGACACCAUGGCACCAGCUCCAAGCGUAGCAAGUAGUGGCGUUAGUGCAUCCUCUGGCGGAGUAGGACUACCGCGCAUAAGGGAAGAUAAAGACAAAGAAGGAGAUAACAAUGAAGGGGACGCUGAGGUUGCCCAGCGCUUUGGCUUCGAGGGCGCGGUGUUUGGCGUGCUGUUCACGCUUAGCCAGGAGAAGAACACACAAGAUAUCUUCUACCACUGGAUCCUGCUCAAGAUCCUUCUGGACGUGUGGCAGGUGUACACCCAAAUCCUCACGCCCCAGUAUGGCUGGGACAUCGACCCCGACUCAAUGUUGUGGAAGGGCGUCUCCGUCCUCUCCUUUGGGUGGCUUGCGGACAUCGGGUACGGCUGGUACGUCGGCCUGCUGUACACGCUGGCGACCCUGCUGGGCCUCAACCUGGCCCUGUGCGGCUGGGUGGCAGUGUGCUUCCGGAACCAGAAGUUUGACUACGUGUGGCCCAUCAAGGUGGUCCGCGGCUUCAGCUACGUGUUCCUGCAGGUGUUCGACAUCACCUCGCUCAACUUCCUGCAGCUAGGCAUCAGCUGCAACUACACCGCCUCGGCCAGCAGCGGUUUAUUCCUCAGGAUGCAGCUGUUCCCACAGUACAGCUGCUCGGCGCUGCCCCAGCUGGCCCAGUCGUUGGUGUCAGGCGUGUUGCUGGGUGUGUUCGUGGCGGUGGCCAUGCUGGUCAACAUGAGCGAGGUGGAGGUCAACCCCACCAGCAAGUCCCCGCAGGCGCUGGGCCACAGCGGCGCCGAGGUCACCGCCUUCUUCAUCAAGGUCCUCAUGACGCUGGUCAGCACCUUCAUUGGCGGCUGGCCCAAGGUCGCCUCCGCCGCCUACCUGCUCCUGGCCUUCUGGCUAGCCUGGUGCAACCUCCGUUGGGUGCCACACCUGGUGGGCUGGGUGGGCGACCUCAAGUCUGGCUGCGCGGUGGCUAUGGCGGGCGUGGCGGCGCUGCAGGUGGCAGUGGUUGCUCUGCCCGACUCCGCCAUCGACGCCCGCCACACGCUCACCUUGGUCAUGGGCAUCGGCCUGGCUCCGCUGUUCGUGGCGGGCUCGCUCCUCAGCUGGUGGAGGCGGGCCUGGUUCACAGCGGCGGCGCUCAAGGCCUUCAGGACCACUGACCCUGAGAAGGUAAAGGCCCAGGACAUCUUUGGAUUCUGGGACGCACGUGAUGUGGAGAUCGCCGCCCGCUCCUGCCGCGUGUGGGCGGACCGGUACCAGCUGGACAAGGCGGCGGUGACGCGCGCACAGGAGCUGAUCAAGGCCGGCGUGGCACGCUUCCCUGGCAGCUCCUAUGUCAAUCUGGUGUAUGCAAACUUUCUGCUGGAUGUGCUGGGCUUCAGCCAGACAGGUGGAAAGCAGCUCGAGGCCGCCCGCAAGCUGGACCCGGGCCCCAUGUGCCGCUUCAUGCUCUUCGUGCGGCAACAGCAGGCCACCCAGAAGGCCGCGAGCAGCACCGUGGGCAAGGGCGGCAGCAUGGAUCUGCUGGGCUAUGUGGAGUACCAGCGCAAGCAGCGCAUGGUGCUGCGCCACCACAAGGACGCCCUGCAGGCCAUGGCCAGCUUCUGGCGCAUCCUGGGCUACUCGAGCAGCGUGUCCUUCCGCUCACUCAGCCGCUCACUGGAGGAGAUUGACACCAGUGUGAAGCAGGCUGAGAUGGCGUACCGCGCCGUACUGGAGAUGUACGGCAACAGCCCGCGCCUGGUGCGGCUGUACGCCCGGUUCCUGGAGACCGUGAAGCAGGACCCCUGGGGUGCGGCCGAGUACUCGGCACACGCCGAUCGCAUCGAGCAGAACCGGGACGCGGACGGCGACGGCCCCACGCUGCCCGACGGCACGCCCAUCGGCCGCAUGGACGAGGUGGACAAGGGCGUGCUGGUAGUGAACGCGUUUGGCGACAUCCAGAUGGUCAACAAGAAGCUGAUGUCCAUGUAUGGGUACCGCAAGGGCGACCUGGACGGCAAGAACGUGACGGUGUUGAUGGCGGGCCACGACGCGAAGCGCCACCCGGGCCUGCUGCGCCGUUACAUUGACAGCGGAGAGCAGGCACCGCCCGUCUUCAGGCGGCCGGUGCUGGGCAUGCACCGCGAGCGUGUGGCCAUCCCCGUGCAGCUGGACGUCAGCCGUGCCUCGGGCAUGGGCGAGGACAGCGUGUUCAUAGCACUACUGGAGGCGGCGCCACAGGAGCCUGGCGUGGGCCGGCUGUGGGCCACACCCGAGGGCCUCAUCGUGUGCUGCGACGCCGGCUUCGUCACCUGCUUCGGCUUGUUCCCCACCGACGUGGUGGGCACUCAGCUGCGCUCGCUGCUACGUGCCAACGCCUCCAGCGCCGCCGCAGCCGCCGCCUCGCGCGCCGCCGGCCAGGGCGGCGAGGAGGACGGCUGGAGCGCCAGCAAGGCCCUGAGUGACGCGCAGAAGCUGGUGCAGCGCCUCAUCUUGGAGGCUGAGACCGAGUCCGACUCCCCCACGUCAGCAGCCGACGGCAGCCACCACGGCCCGCAGCAAAGUGGCAGCGACAAGAAUCGCUGUUAUGUGCGGCACAAGUACGACGAGGCCCGGGAGGUGUGCGUCACCGUCACCAUGGACCCUUCCCGCACCAUCCUGGAGUUUGUGCUUCGCCUGGUAUCCACCGAGCCCCAGCUGCUGAUGGUGGUGGAGAAGCGCGGAGGCAUCAAGCACAUGAGCGGAGACUUGGCCAAGCUGCUUGGGGCUUCUGCUGGUGCCGAGGAGGCUGCUAUCGGCGGUGGCGGCAUGGGCGGCGGUGUGUUGGAGGGCCUGGGCGCCGCCGCUGAGAGCGCCGCGCUCCGCAACUUGGACGACUUCCUGCCCACGCCCUGGCGCUACCUGCACUCCCGCCACCUGGCCAAGGUCUUGGCGGCGGAUACGGGGCUUCCCGCCUUCCCCGACGCCAAACAGGUCACCCCCGUCUUCCCCACGCUCUUAGCCAUCGGCAGCGGCGUGCCCGCUUCCGUUGUUGUUCAGAUGAAUGCAGGCGCUGGAUCUGGAGGCCCUGCUGCCACGACUGCCACUGGUGCGCCCGCCCUUCUGUCCGGCAUGUGGGGCUGCCACGGCGGCCGCACGGCUGGCUCAGACGACAGUGGCCCUGCCGCUGGCGGGCGCCUGUUCCGCCCCACGAUGCGCCUGGUCGGGCUGCACGGCCGCCCCGUGUUCGUGCGUGUGGCGGUGCACUCGAGGGAGGAGGGCGGUGAGCCGCUGCACGUGGUGCGCAUGGCCAGGUCCUCUCUUGACACCGCCAUUGCUGAGCGCCGUGUGCGCGUGCGGGUCUCGGAGGCCGGCACAGUCAUCGACGAGGCCGAGGCAGCCGCUGCUGCAGCCAAGCUAGAGAUGGGGCCUGACGUUGUGGAGGGCGCAGAGGAGGGCGCGGUCACCGCUGCCGAGAGGCCCACCACCGCGGCUGCAGCUGCGAAGGCGAUGGGCGAGGAGCUGGAGGCCCUGUUCGGCUUCACCAAGGAGGAGCUGGUGGGUUGUCACCUCUGGGAUUUCAUCACACUUCAGCCCUGCCCCGAGUCCGAGUUGCUGCUGGCGACUGCUGGUGCAACAGCACCUGUCGCCAACCGCCGCGCCACUACCGCGACCGCAGCUGCCGGUGCCGUUGGCAGUAUAAAAGCCUCUGUCAGCCACCGCCUUGGCAACAGCACGGGCGUUGUAGGCGCCACCAGCGCCAAGGCGGCGGCCGACUCGGGCGCCACUGAUACUGGAGGUGCCGAUGGCGCUGUCGGCGGAGACCUGCUGGAGGAGGCUGCGUCGGUUGUGUACGGCGAGGUGGGCGGCGUCACCGCAGAGGAGGACGCCGCCGCUGCUGUUGCUGCAGUCGCUGACCUGACAGCAGGGGCAACGGACGCCGCCGCGAACGGUGACGCCAAUCCGUUCGCCAGCGGCCCUGGCUACUACGGCACUGAGCCCCCAGUGGAGUUCAACAUGCGCACCUUUGAUGCCAUGAUCACCAUGGCGCUGCAGUUCCCCGGCGUGUCCUGGCGCGUGGCUGUGGUGCCGCCGGCCGCGGUGGCUGAGGCGGAGGCCAUGGGCAACGCCUCACGUGCCGCCGCGCACCUGGCGCGUAACACGCGUCAGGCUGUGUUGAGGUUGGAUGUGGCGGUGCCUCGUGUGCGGGUGCGCCCGCGUGGCGGCUCCGGCUCCCCCAGUGGCGGCAUGUCCUCCCCUCGGGCCCAGCAGCAGCUGAACCCCGCCCUGGCCCCGGGCCGCCUGGUGGUGCAUGUGGAGCUGUGGGCGGCGGAGAGCCUCACCGGUGUGCUUGAGCUGGACCCUCGCGGCCGAGUGGCAGGCCUGGCGGAGGAGGGCGGCGUGCGGCCUGCGGGGCUGAUCUUCGGCCAGCCCUCUGCUUCCUUCCUGGGCUCAGAGCUGUCCCAGAUUGUUUCCAUGCCGGCCGGCUACACGCCCAUGACACUGCUGACUGGCGAUGUGGGCGGCAAUGCCGCAAAGAAGAGCGCACUCAAGGCAACCAAGCAACAGCAGGCGGCGGCGGACAAGGAGGCCGCUGUCAAGGUGGGCCCGGUGCACUACCUGCCCGGCUGGCACCGUGACGGCCGGCCCCUGCUACUGGCCGUGCAAAUGGUUGGCAAGCCGCUGCCGCCCGGCGGCGCACCUGCCGCGAGUGGCGCCGCCGGAGCUGCCGCCGCAGCCGGCGCCCUGACCGCCAUUAUCCGCCUCGCGCCCGCCGGCGCCCAGCCCUCAGUACUGCCACCCAUGCUAGGCGCGGCGGCGGCGACUGCGGGGGUCAACGCCGGCGAGCCUAGCGCUCUCUCACUUGUGCCGGCCGCGAUGGUAGAUGGCCGGGUUGCGCGGCGCCCCUCCCCCAACGCUUCACCCGCGCCCGUGACGUACAGUCCCAUGAAGGGCCCUGGCGGUGGCGCCGCCGGUGGCGUGCAGCAGUCGAAACUGGUGAAGGACUUGUCGCGCAUGGGCCGAGAGGCCACCGCCGAUGCCACCGCAAGCGCAGCGGAAGUCCACGCGGCCGCCGUCAUCAGCAGCCUCAGCGCCCCGGUGUCGCCUCUUGACCCGGCAGCAGUGGGCGUGGCGGCGGUUAUGCCGCCCCCGCCCACGCUGGCACUGAUGUCGGCCGGGCAGCUGCCGUCACCCGGCAUCACCAUGCGCGGCUCGGGACCCGGCGCGGUCGGGGGUGGACGGCCGCUCGCGGCUCGGAGCAGCAAGGCGCGCGUGGGUGCACCCGGCGAGGCGCUUGUACCAGGCAGUGGCGGCCAGGACGCAGGCCCGCUCAUGUUGGACUCGGCUGCCGAGUACGAUCGGCACGUGCGCGCGAAUGGCGCAAGCGGUGAUGGCGCCGAUGCGUUUGAUGCCCCGCCGCGCUCGCCCGCGUCGCUGCCGGGCGCUGUCGAUGGAGGGCAGGACGGCCGUGGCGUUCACGCUAACACUGGCGGUGCUCUGGCCGCAGCCGCAGCCGCAGUCGCUGCAGUCAAGGAUGCCAAGGCCAGCAGCGGUGCCGCGCUCAAGAAGCAGCCUUCGAACAAGAUCUCCAAGUGGGUUGCGACCAAUGGCGAGUAUUACCAGAACACCGUGAGGUCCGCUCCAGGCAUUAGUGGCGUUGAGGAGGAGGAAGAGGAGGACGGUAGUGACGGCGACGAUGGUAGCAGCAGCGCUGGCGCUGGCGGCGGCUCGGCUGGCGGCGGCAGCGAUGGCGCGGGCAGUGGCAAGCAUCACAGGCGUGGUAGCGGCGACGGCGGCGCGGUGCAUCGCGGCGGCCUCCACCACCGUCAUCAACACCAUGUCGCCGGCGGCGACGCCACCGAGCCAACAUCUCGAAUGAUGGCGGCGGGAGAAGCCGAGGAUGGCAGCGGCAUGAAAGAUGGCAAGGGCGCCGCCGCGCGCCAGGGCAUGAGCAUGGUGGAUAACAGCGAUAACAGGAGCGAUGGAGGCGAAAGCGCCACAUCCGGCGUGUCGGGCACGUCGGGUCUGUCUGAUGGCGACGGCACCGGAGACUUCAAGCGGGGCAAGCGGUACAAGAAGCUCAUCAAGCUCAUCGACUCGCCCGAGAGCAAGAAGGAGCUGCGCAAGUUCAAGCUGCUGGUGGCGGCGGUCAUCUUCACAUGCAUGGCGGUGCACGUGCUGUGCUUCGCCCUCAUCAUGGACGCAAUCCACUGGCAGAACGACGCGCUGUUGACGCUGACGGACAUGGGCGACGGUCAGCGCUACUUGCAGCAGUGCGCUAUGUACAUGCGGGCUCUGGGCCAGGCUUACCGGGGCAGGGGUUCCAACAACACCUACAGCGCGGCAGACACACCGUUCUUUGCAAACGAGAUGUACCGCUACCUCAACCUGUACAACGACAUGAACAAUCGAAUCCUGCUAAACAGCCGGCACCAGUCGAUCACGCUGCUGUUUUACAGCGAGCAACUGACGGUGUGGGUGGGCAACAACACAUUCACGGGCGAGGAGAUGUUUGCAAACGUCACCACCUGGGAUCUGCUGACACGUUUAAUGGUGGCGGGCCUCACCGUGUACCAAAAUCACAAGGACUGGUACGCUCGUGGCAUAUUCCCUGCCGACACGUUUGAGGGACAGUUCAUGUUCCGAGGCGCACAGAUGCUCGCCAAGGGCUCCCAGGCGGUGUGGAUAGCGCUGCAGGAUCAUGCCAAGGGCCACACCCAGCGUGUCAACAACCUCCAGCUCAUCUUCCUGGUCAUUGAGGGCUUUCUGGUGUCCAGCUGCACGGCCGUGUGCCUCAUCUACUUGCUGCGCAUGGCGAGCGAGCAGCGCUACAAGCUGUACGACACGUUCCUUGCCAUUCCCAUCGGCCUGACGCGCGCACUGGCCUCCCAGACCACCCACCUGCUGGACGACGACGAGUCGGAUGAUGAAGACGACGAGGACGCAGCUGCGGCGGCAGCCAGCAAGGCGGCUGAGCUCGCCGCUGGUGACGAUCACGGCAGCGUUGACGGCGACGCCGCAGGCGGGGAGGGUGCCCCCUCCGCUGCCCCCAAGCGCCGCGCUAACUUUGACCAGUCUGGCCAUGGCGGCCACACCGCUGCCGCCGCGCGCCGCGGUAGCGGGGGUGACUCAGCCGCGGACCACGCCGGACACAAGCACAGUGGCGGCAAGGGAUCCGGCGGCAGCGUCAAAGGCACCAAGCACGGUGGUGGCGGCGGCGGCGCUUCCGUGGCAGGCGAAGGACAGAGUGCUGGCGGCGACGAAGGCAACGGCGCGUCGGUGCCCCUGCUGCGCCUGCAGUCUAGCAUGCGCUUCUCUGCUCCCCGCAACGGUGGCGCAAGCGGUUGGUUCAGCGGCCUCAAGGCGAAGAUAUUCGGCCGCUCCAACGCGGUCCGUGACAGCUCGGCCCCGGCGCGGCGCUCGCUGGAGCGCAACAGCCGCGUGUCCAUCGCCAUGCUGGCCAUCGCCAUGACCUACUCCAUCCUCAUCAUCACCUUUUACUCGGUUGGCUACAUCCUCACGCUCACCACCGCGCAGAAUGUGGCCAUGGUGGCUGUGGCGCAGCGCAACAUGGAGAGGACAUGCAAGGCCGUGUUCUUUUCACAGGAGCUUCUAUCUCAGCAGGACCCGCUGCUUGUCAACCGCUACAUUAACAACAUCCGGAACGUCAGUGUGGGGCUGCGUGACGCCUACUACACCAUGCGCAUGGGCGUGGAGGCGUAUCGCGUCGCGGGCCCCGACGUGGAGCAGUUUCCGGGCGUGGUGAGCCAGGGCCUGGCCAAGACGAGCCCGGCGCAGUUCCAGCUCUUCUUCGGCACCGGCGACUGCCAGCGACUGACGGAACCGUGUGGCGGACCCACGUAUCGCUACUAUGAGGUGACGCACAGCGGCGUGGAGGCGCUUGUGUUCCAGAUGAUUCUUUCCCUGGGCAAGCUGGCGGACAAGGCGCUGGGGGCGCAGCAGCGGGCCAUUGCGGCGGUUGCAGCUGCGGUCGGGAUGUCGGUGGAGAGCAUCACUGCUGAGGUGGAGGCUGACCGCAUCCCACAAGUGAUUGCCGCGAUCGCCGCCGCCAACGCUAGCUCCGUUGCCGCCGGCGGUCCCCCGGUGCGGCGUUUGACGUCCGCCGACGUGGGCAUGCCCGGACACGACAGCCAGGAGUGGGACUACAUCUACAACGUGGGGUUCAAGGACGCCACUGAUGGAGUGCGCCGCAUCACGACCCUAGCCAUCUCCGAUAUCAACGCGAACUUCCAAGAGGUGGUUAUCAUGCACGUGGUGCUUUUUGUGCUGCUGGUGGCGGUGUUCGCCGUGUUCCUGUUCGGUCUGUUGUUCCCCAUGCUCAAGCGCAUGCAGAAGGAGAAACGGCGCAUCACUGAGAUGCUCAGCCAGCUGCCCACCGAGGUGGACGUCAUGAAGCUCAUCACGCUCGCAAUCGUGGGUCCUGUCAACCCUGGUAGUGGUAAAGGUGGCGCCGCCAGUGGGGAGGGCGCGCGCAGCGCGCGGCGCAGCUCGACCGUCGUCUAUGCCACUGCCGCAAACAGCGCGCCGAUGCGGCAAAGCACCAUGGAGCUGCCUGCCGGUGGCGGCGGCGGUGGUGCUGCGGCUGACGGUGGCGACACGGGCGUCGCGGACAGCAAGGCGUGGAAGGGGCUGCUGGCACGUGCCACCAGUGUCAAGGGCGGCGGCUCGUUUGCCAACUCCAAGCGUGCGUGAGCUGCGUGAGGAGCAGGCGCAGGAGGCGGCUCCAACGGCGGGGGGUGUGUGGGAACACCUGUAAUUCCUUUCAUAUGUUGUGUUUUUGGGGUUGAUUUAGCCCUGAAGCAUAGAGCGUAUGGGUGACGGCGAUAAGGGCUGUGCAGACACAGCAUUUCGACGAUUCUGAUGAUUUUUAGCAGACUUCCGUGGCAUCUGACACGGAGCGUUUAAUCUUUUGAGACGGGCGUGCUUCGUUGCAAGGCUACGAUGCGUGUGGAAACCACAUCAGCAGUAGCUGGCUUGGUCAUGUUGGUAUGGCAAAGUGACUGGGUGCGCGGUGUCGCACUUGUGGAGUCCCUAGUACGGGCAUACAUCACGCACGUGAAGGCAACUCGCAAAUCUGAUGCUUUAAAAAAUGGCGAUACCGCACAUGGCGAUACGCGGUGCGCAUAGGGCCUGCCGCCUCAGGAAUUGAGUCCUUAGCUUGCGAUCAUGUGCUGGCAUAUUUGAGCCAGGGGCGUUCGUUCUCUUCUCCACUUGUGCCGUGACUGGGUGCGCGCGUGCGUGGCUACCGCUAGUAUCAGCAUCACUCUCAUGAAGGCAACUAGCAGUAUCUGGCACUCAUGCUCUUAAGGGACUUAAGGGACGUCCAUUCAUGUUGGCAGGAAUGAAGCAGUGGUUGUCGAGGGACGUGGCGGUGGGCCUUACUAUGGUUUGCGGGCCUUAUUACUGCAUCAUGCCCUUGGCGGAAUCCUGCUUCCAAGCAUUUCCUUACUAACCUGGUACGAUCUUGUGAUGGCUGCACAAUCCACCAGGUCGUACGGCCUGCUGCGGUAGGAUUACUACACCGUGGUACACGGCAACUAAGGCAUCUGUCCCGCUGAACAAGAGGUUGAUCUUGGGGUUACAUGGGCUACGUACCGUUAAGUGAUGGAGCCAAAUAAGGUAACUGCGUUUAUGUGACUACUUGUGACUGUGACGGGCUUGUGCUAAACAGUCCAUCGGCCGCUCACGGGAUUGUCGACAGACACCGCGGCCUUUUCAUCUGGUGCAUGCGCUUAAAUGGCUGGUUCACUAGGGCAUGACGGCGCAUAACUGGCAGGCAACAGUAAUAUGGUCACAGACACCGCGGCGUUUUCACCUCCUCACAUCGGCCGUCACUCGCUUUAUGGUAUGCUGUCUAAUGUUGUUGUAACGGUUACGUUACAGUCACUCGCGGUUGAACGUGCGCAGUGAGAUUGUGACGAGUUUGCGUGGUUGUAUUACAGACACCGCGGCACUGCUUAAGACAGGGCCGGCAUGCGGCCAUGGGUCCAGGCCUUGGUUGUUUUACGGUAUGCUGUUCGGUUUGGAUAUGGUACUCGAAUUGCAAUGAAGUGCGACGAAUCCUGAGCGCGCCGAGGAAAGGGUGUUCCAAAGGGCGCUCAGACACUGUAUGCUUCACAUGAAUUAAUGGGCUCUUUUAAGCGAAGGCUCCAGGAGCUUGCCGACUGACCGGAGCUUAAAACAAGUUUUGAAGUAGGGAGCAGUGUUUGAGCGGGAGGUGGUUCAGUUGCAGGGGGUAAGAAGUGCAGGGCCCGGGGUUUCGUGUGUCGCUCUGAAGGCCGCAUUCACCAUCACAUCGAGGUCUCAAUUUCUGUCUUUCUGUGUGGUUUGUUUUAUUAAGUUGCGUUUGCGUACGGUGCUACAAUGGUACGCACGGUGUCUACAAUGGUACACAUAUUGUCCGGGGAGCACCAGCAGCAGCAGGGGGACGAUGUGGAGCGCGGUGUAUGGAGGUGGCAUCUUGUAUGUUUAUCUGAGCGCUUCAUUCCGCUAAGCCAAUCGAGUUUUCACAGGUUCGAUUUUGUGGCUGUGAGAGCCGCGUCACCUUGGUUAGUGCACGUGCUUGAGUGCUGUGCCGCAGUAGGGUGCACAUGCCGCCUAACCCUUCCUGUUUAUGGGACAUUAGAAGUAUGCUGUGGUGGUGUGCGGCACGGAGUGAUGGGGAGUGUGCUUGCUGCUUGUAAAGCCACCUGCCG